AUGUCUCGACGUGCGAAUGACAAGAACUUGCAGAUACUGAAGACGCUGCUACGUGAUCCUUCCAACUCCCACUGUGCUGAUUGUAAGACGUCCUCUCAUCCCAGAUGGGCCUCCUGGAACCUGGGUAUCUUCAUCUGUAUUCGCUGCUCAGGGAUCCACCGCUCGCUUGGUACGCACAUCUCUCGUGUGAAGUCUGUUGAUCUGGAUACGUGGACUGAUGAACAGGUGAAGAGUAUGGUUCUCUGGGGUAACGCUAAGGCCAACGAGUACUGGGAACACAACUUACCAGAAGGUUAUGUCCCGGAUGGCGGUAAGAUUGAGAACUUUAUCAGAACCAAGUACGACUUGAAGAAGUGG